GUUCAUAAGUUUUGAGACGAACUUUGUAGUUAAAAAAUAAGAUAAAAUAUCACUGGCUGAUAUUUAUUUCUUUUUCCAAUUUUGAAUUUGGAAUGUUUACUUUUAAUUCCUUUGAUUUUCAAAUUUAUAUCUUUCAAUUUUCUCGUGAUGGAGGGAACUAAAGAAUUACGUGCGACCGUGAUUUCGCUGUUUAAGGCGGGGAAAAAACCGACGGAGAUUUUCCGUGAGGUGAAAAUUUUUGGUGUGAGCCGUAACUUCGUGUAUUACACUAUCAAACCAUACAGGGAGACUAAUUCUUUGCAAGAUCGCCAAAGAAGUGGCCGGCCACGCUCUGUGAGGACGCCUGCGAACAUCAAAAUCAUCAGAGAGCGACUUCGCCGAAAUCCAUGUCGCACUCAGAAAAAACUCGCACUGCAGACUGAUAUUUCGCGGGUAUCAAUCAACAGAAUACUGAAAUAUGAUCUUAAGGUAAAGGCGUACAGCCGUAGGAAAAUUCACUUUUUAAACGACCGCCUUCGUAAAUUGCGACGCGAACGUUGUCCAAUUCUGCUUAGGAGACACGAUGCGAGGAAGAUACUCUUUACUGAUGAGAAAAUCUUUACUGUCGAAGAAAAGUUCAACCGACAAAACAAUAAAGUGUAUGCCAAAAGUAGCCAUGACGUCCCACCUUCAGCACGGAAUGUCUUGCGUACUCAUCAUCCGGCUAGUGUCAUGGUAUGGUGGGGAGUUUCGUAUGAAGGUGUCACUCCGCUGCAUUUCUGCCAACAAGGUGACAAGGUGAAAGCCAAGAAUUAUCAAAGUGAUAUUUUAGAGCCUGUUGUGAAACCCAUGUCUCAUGCUUUAUUUCACAACAAGGAUUGAGUUUUCCCGCAAGACUCAGCGCCAUCUCAUAAGGCAAAAACCACCCAAGCUUGGUUGAAGGAG